UGUUAUCAAAAUAGCAUUGAAUUCGGGAGAUGUUUCGCAAGCAUUAAUGACUUGCAUCUUGAGGAGUGGUGCUUCAAGAAUAUCAAACAAACAGUCGGUUAGAGUACAAACAAAUGCUGGGAAUAUUAAACACAAUAGACGAAAUUGCCCUGUUUACCGGUUGAAAAGCAUGCAAAGAAAGGACAGUUUAGUGAAUUGUUGUGGCUUAUUAGGAAGUGCGCUAUUGCGAUGAUAAAAGCACAGUUUCCUAGAAUUGUGGGAGUUCUAUUCGAGGCAAUAAAUAGUAAUAUUUCAGAACGUCGAUUUUUAUAUAGGACUUUGUAGUCAGUACAUACGAAGCGACUCAUUAUAAUAGUUGAUUUACGGAGUAAAAAGUGUGUGCCGUGACAGUUACGUGGUAGGCGAGCGAACAAUUUCUGGGAAGAGGAUUUUCUGAAUUCGAGAUGGAUACUGAAAAAAGCCCCCAAAAUGGAACCGUCACUGAGUUGGAGACUUUUCUGCCCAAAGACAACUCAGAAGCGAACGGAGUCACAAAGUACAAGGUUAAGGGCGACGACUUCGAGGCUCUUAACUAUGAAUUCGACCCUUUCAAGGCCCGCCAACUGGAACACCCAGUAUCAAACAUGGAUACUCUCACGCACUUGCUCAAGGCCUCACUGGGAACUGGCAUCUUGUCCAUGCCUGCAGCCUUCAAGGCCUCAGGGUUGGUCAUGGGAAUUUUCUCCACCAUUCUGGUCUCGGCCAUCUGCACGCAUUGCUCCUACAUUCUAGUGGUUUGCGCCCAUGAGCUCUACAGAAGAUCGGGCAAGACUCAGAUGAGCUUUUCUGAUGUUGCGGAGCAAGCCUGCAGGAAUGGACCGAAGUGGGCUCAUAAACUCGCGGUACCAGCAAGAUUAAUUGUGUUGAUUGGAAUCUUUAUAACGUAUUUCUUCACCUGCUCGUGCUACUGCGUCAUCAUAGCCAAGAACAUGAACUAUGUACUCGAACACUAUUUGCACUAUGAGGUCAACAUUCGGAUGUUGAUCGCGAUGCUUCUGAUACCGCUGAUUCUUCUGGCCUACGUUCCGAACCUCAAAUAUCUGGCUCCCUUUUCCAUGGUUGCAAACGGCUGCAUGGCAGUGGGUCUGGGAAUCACUUUCUACUACUUGGUCGCUGACAUCCCACCAAUCAGCGAUAGGCCGCUGGUCGCGAAUAUUUCCACUCUGCCAAUUUCCGCCAGUAUUACCAUGUUUGCAAUUGAGGCCAUUGGAGUCGUUAUGCCAUUGGAGAACCACAUGGCUUCGCCUCAGAGCUUUACUGGACUAUGCGGCGUGCUGAACCAAGGAAUGUCUUUCGUCACCCUCAUCUACGUUCUCCUGGGCUUCUUUGGCUAUUUGCGCUAUGGGGAUGCAACCGAAGGUUCUAUUACCUACAAUCUACCUGAGGAUGCCAUACCAGCUCAAAUAGUCAACAUCCUGAUUGCAAUCGCCGUUUUCUGCACCUUUGGAUUGCAAUUCUAUGUCUGCUUAGAUAUCGGCUGGAACGGACUAAAAGACAAAUGCACAAAACACCCAGUACUAGGCCAGUAUAUGAUGCGAACUGCUAUGGUCAUUAUUUGCGUGGCAAUUGCGAUUGCGGUGCCCACAAUCAUCCCGUUCGUCUCCCUUAUUGGUGCGUUCUGCUUCUCGAUUCUUGGUCUUAUUGUGCCUGUGGGCAUCGAAAUAAUCACCUUUUGGGGCAAAGGAUUCGGCGCCUACAACUGGAAGAUCGUUAAGGAUGCGGUAGUGGUGGUGGUUGCCAUUUUGGCUUUUAUUUUUGGCUCGAAAAUGGCCAUCCAGGAUAUUGUCGAACUGUAUCGGAAAUGAUUAAGGUAAUUUCCGGUCUUAGGUACUUUGAUUUGAUGAGUGCGUUUAGGUUUAAAUGAAACUUCAAAAGUUCCUGCAGUUACAGUUUUUGGAACCCUCCAACUGUAAACGAUUAAUUCCAUUUUUUUUUUAACUUUAAGUCCAUUAAGUAGGUCGACCGUUUUAAACAUUAGCGAUCGCCGGGCGAAUGACCCAGAUUAACUUCACCUGGAUAAUGGCUGUGAUUUAUUUAGAUAAGCCUCGAUCUAAGUGCCUGUAGUCCAAAACUCCUGAAUGGGUUGAUUUCUUGAUCAUCAUGCGAACGAGGUGAUUUAUCUGGGACCUUCUCACUUUGAUGCGCAUCUCGAUAUUUUAAAUUCUGGACCAAAUUCUCUUCGAAUAUCUCCUCCCAAUCUAAGUGCCUUGUUGGGCAGGAUGUGCAGUGGGCGUUGUAUAAGCUAGUUGGGUGAAACAGGGUUUAGUUUUUAGUUUCAUUGUAACUGCACUUCAUAGGACGGAUCAAAAUAACACAUUUUUAAGUAAAUCAAUCAAGACUUGAUUUAGAACUUAUUUUCAGUUAUUUUGUGCCACCCUGCAUGCGUUAGCUCUCUAUCCACACCAGUUAUGGAUGGGACUCAUUCACAGUUCAUUUGUUGAACGGCGCAGUUCUGAUGUUAAAAAAUACCAUAUAAAGGCGCCUAAAGCACCGAUAGUUUAUCGUUAUUAAGUAAAUUGGCCAAGCAAGAUUCAAAUGCAUUUAUUGGCAUAUCAAGGCCAGCAUUUUGGAGUGAUGUUUUCACUAUUGACCGAAAUUGCCCAGAAACAAAUUAGCGUUAUUAAAAAAAUGCCUGAUUACUUCAGUUGGUGCUGGGCAUCCGAAAACAGGCGUAUUUAAUUAUUUAGUCUACUUUUUACACAGCCGUACAAUUUAUUGUUAACAGCCGACUUACCAACGAAUCACUUGAACCGGUGGUGAUAAACUCAAUCUACAUGUUUUUGGAUACAUUUUUUUAGUAAUAAUAAACCAUAUUUAUCAA